AUGUGCACGUUGAAAUCGUACACGUCAAAAAAAUGUCAUUUAAAAAUCACACAUUGUGAAAUACAAACAAUCUAAGCAAAAAUAAUGUUAGGAGUAGUAAAUAAUAUUGCGACGACGAACGAUGAAUAAAUUUAUACGAAAAAGUAGCAGCUUUAUUGGCAAUUCCAUUCAACAAAAUGGAAUUUAUACAAAGCCAACAUCAAAUCAGUUAUAUAAUGCUCGGCAUAUAUUUGGAUUUGGUGAGGCUGUUAGCAAAAAGAAAGUGUACCAGCGAAAAGAAUUAGUUGGGUACUCAAUGCAACAAAUGUACGAUGUUGUCGCUGAUGUUGAUAAUUAUAAAUUGUUUGUUCCGUAUUGUAAAAAAUCGACCGUCUAUAAUCGCAAAGAGAAUUCAGCUCAAGCUCAAUUGGUUGUUGGUUUUCCACCACUUUACGAACGAUACACAUCGAAUUUGACGCUGCAACCACCGCAUCUUAUCAAAUCGGAAUGCUUCGACGGUCGACUUUUUAAUUAUUUACAAAAUUACUGGGGAUUUAGUGCUGGUUUAAAAGAUGUACCUGACUCAUGUGUCAUUGAUUUUCGUGUCACAUUCGAAUUCAAAUCGGCAUUACACUCACAUCUAUCACAUUUGUUCUUCGAUGCAAUUGUACAACAAAUGGAAAUGGCCUUCGUUCGUGAAGCUGAACGACGCUAUGGAUCGGCUAAAAUAAAACCAUUACUAUUGUCACUGCAGAGAUCGUGACCUUUCCCAACAAUGGAAUCCCAGCCUCAAUCAUAAUUAGAUCAAAUCUAAUGAAAUGCCAUUUAUAGGGAGAAUUAAUUAUAUUGAAAUGGAACCAAUAACUUUUCAUUCGAUGUUCAUCGUACAAAGGGGAUGAAUACCGAACUAAACGAAGAAAAAAAUCUUCUUUACCAAGUGAUCAUGUUGCAAAUGUUUUGUUGCUAUUUAUUAAAAAAUAUGUUUUUAUCAA